AUGGCAGACAUUCAGAUGUUUGACACUCCGCAGGCCGAGCGGCCGCGCAAAAGGCGCCGCCGCACUAUGGCCUGCACUCAAUGCCGCAGCCGCAAAUUGCGAUGUGAUCGUGAGUAUCCGACGUGUAGCCGUUGUCUUAAGAGCAGAACGCCCACAAAGUGUACUUAUGAGGAUGGCUUCCUGUGGCAGCAGCCCGCCACUGUACCUGCUACGGCAUUCGCCUCUGACCGAGGCUCCACCGUCUCAUUGCCCCAGAAUGAGCAGACUCCUAUUCAGACAUCCCCGAACCCGGGAUUAGGACCGACCUCAACUCGGUCGGAGACUCUUCUUUCGACAGGUGACCCCGGCCCCGCGUCAAACCCAUAUGAGGGCCCGCAUCAUCACCAUCACGGUAGGGGAAGAGGACAUCAUGGCCGUGAACGUGGCUUCCUCGAGACUGUGCUAGGUGCCCCUAAAGCCGCCGUCAAUCAAGAACCGUAUGUUAAUGCGGGCUUUCUGCAGCGGCCAAAACGUGCAUUACCUGAACUAGAGAUACCCUUCGGCUCGCAGGUCGACGGUAAAGGCAUUAAUGACGAGGAUUCUGAGAGCGAGCUUUCGCCGACGCAGCAGCUUGAUCUGUCCCCUCGGAUCAUGAUGAGAGGCCGCGAAACUAAGACUCGUUUUAGUGGUUCGGGCAUAUAUGCGAAUCUAAUAGCCCAGUUCCCUGACAUUCGAUCCUUCGCAGAGGAAAUCAGAUUAUCAAAUCCCAUUCUCUCAAGAGUCCGGCCUGACCUGGAGAGGGUCAAGCGUGGUUUAUGGAAGGUCAAGCCACUGAACACACCAUUCCCCGAGCCUACAGCGCUAUCAUUGAUUUCUUUACUGCCACCGCGCCAGGUUGUCGACGAACUCAUUGGCCUGUAUCUGACUUAUAUCGAGUCUACACACCGCAUCUUCCAUAUCCCUACUUUUCUGAAGGAGGUGGAUGACUUUUUCUCCAUGGUCGAUGACCCGAACAUGGUGUCAACGGCGUUUGUGGUGCAGCUCCUGCUGGUGAUUUCCUGCGCAUGGAACCUUGCAGAUGCCAGCAGUCUGCAAGAAAAAGCUCCGUUCCGCUCAAAUGCUACACGGCGGUGGAGUGGUGCUUUGCGACUCUACAUUCUUUUGGUCACUGCUCUGAAUGCUCAUGGCAUGAAACGCAGCAAGGCCUGGGUUACUACUGGCUCACUAGUCCAAAAUGCCAUGCUGUCGGGGUAUCAUCGCGAUCCAAGCAAGUAUGCACGUAUAUCCCCGUUCAACAAAGAAAUGCGACGGCGGAUCUGGACGACGAUUGUGGAGUUGAACUUACAAGUUUCCUUUGAUCGGGCUAUGCCACCAUCGGUUCAAAGCUCGGACUUCGACACCUUGCCCCCUUUGAAUAUCGACGACGAAGAGAUUGACGAGACCUCUACCGAGGCACCGGAGGCUCGGCCUCUGACUGAUAUCACCGACUGUUCAUUCCAGGUUGCCCUCACGCGGUCUCUGCCUCUUCGCCUGAAAGCCUGCCAGCUGAUGCACUCUCCUCACAUUAGCUGUCGAUAUGAGGAAAUCCAACGCCUUGACUUGGAGUUAAACCGACAACUUUCUCGGAUUCCUAUCUGGGGUGCGUCCGACGCCAGCGAUAUCGUUUCUCAGCACAAAGUCAGUCUACGGAAGGCCACGAUCGAGUUGAAAAUUGCGCAAGCUCUGCUCUCGAUACACACUCCAUUUGCGAUAGAAGCCCGACGGGAGGCGCUUUUCGCCCCCUCGGCUAGGUCCCGCCUGGAUGCUGCUAUUAUGAUACUUUCCACCCAGCGCCAGCUGCACACGACCUCGCUGCCGCUUUCACUUUGUACGCUUGGGGAGUGGGUACUCCAAGCCUACAUAUCCAUCUGCCAGCAUCUACAUACCAUGGACCACCACAAUUCUCUUCCGUCACAUCCGUCAUCCUCUAUCUUUACGAUGCACACCCUGCCAGGCCUACCCGACCCCUUUUUGUCCCUGGUGGAAGCUGGCCUCAUCUCUCUCGAAAGCCGAUUUCUACUGGUCGUCAAGGGUGCCAAAGACUAUUUUUUCCUGUCAACCAUUAUCGCACUGGUCAAGGCCAAGCUCUGGCCCGCCCAGGAGCUCGUUUACAAACAGCAAGUGGUGGAGCGGGUGCUCUCCUUCGCGCAGACUCUGUUUUCGCGACACGCGACCUGUGAGCACUUGGGAACCCCAGGUAUGGGCAGUUUUAAGAACAACCAGGUGGCUGCCUUUCUCGCAACCCGCGGAAUGGCAGCCGUCCUGCCCUCCGACUUCGACGGCAUACUCCUACAGCCUGAUCUCGCCAUAACCGUAAGGCUUCUACCCUUCCGGCGAACUGUGAACCCUCGUGCCUUUCUAACCAUGCUGCAGCCACCCGGAGAGUUCGACCCCUUUUUAGAUGUAUUCGACUGGGAGGAUCUAACAGGAAUCGCAUUCGGCAACUAA